AUGGCCCCAACUCCCGGUGCUCCGCCCCCUCCUCGUCAAAGCUUCUAUACAACCACGCCCCCUUCUCUGACCGCCCACGAAGAUCCCACCCCGACCACCGGCCCCUCACCACCUCGCAUCACUGGGGUGUCCGUGCCAUCCUCGCCCUUCCUCCCGCCCCAGAAUUGGCCCACGGAAGUGCCUGUGGAGAGGGAAUCGUGCUUGGCGAACCCAACAGGAGGCCAGGCACAGGCUGCGCUCUGCAGGGGCAUGGAGAGGAAGAGCCCCGAGUGCCGGGAGGCCCCGAGGAAGCGGGGCCUGUCCUUUUCCAUCGAGGCCAUCCUCAAGUGGCCCGCGGAGAGGAGCGGUGUGGCCAGGCCAGAAGGCGCAGGCGCAGGUGGAGAGGGCCCUGAGCAGGCAGCGGCUGCAGGCUCCAGGCUGGUGCAGCCCCCACAGGAGCAGCCCCAGGAAGAGAGGAAGAACAAGCGCAGGGUGCGGACCGUGUUCACCACGGAGCAGCUGCAGGAGCUGGAGAAGAUCUUCCACUUCACCCACUACCCCGACGUGCACGUCCGCAGCCAGCUGGCCGCGAGGAUCAACCUGCCCGAGGCUCGGGUGCAGAUCUGGUUCCAGAAUCAGCGAGCCAAGUGGCGGAAGCAGAAGGUCGGCGGCCUGGGCGGGCCACAGCCCCCGAGCGAGGCUGUGAGUGUCUGAGUCACCUGCGAGGGCGGGGCGGGGGGCCCCCUGCUGACACCCGCUGCUCUGCCCAGACCGGCCCCUCCCACGGGGCUGUAUCUACCGGCUCAGGAUCAGCUGGCCUCUGCCUGGUUCCCAGCUCGGAUCACCAUACUCCCACAGCACCCAUGGGAGACACAGCCCCUGCCGGGCCCUGAGCUCCAGCAGAGCUGCGCCCCUGCCCUGUACCUCCUUGCACCGGCAUACCCGACGUGGGGCAGCGUCUGUGCCUCCUCAACCUAG